AUGAGUGAAGCGCUCGUGAAGCAGCUGUCGCUGCUUCGUCUCAUAAGUCGCUCGUUAGACAAUUUUAAAAAAAUUGGUAAAAACAAUUACAACGCUGCAAAGAUUCGCGCGAGAAUUUCCGCGCUUAAAGAAACAUGGGCGCAGUGCUUGCAGACUCACGCAGCCAUCGUCCUCAGCACUCCAGAAAUUAAAAGAAGCGAGCUCGACUACUUCAAAAAUCAGAUGUUCGACGAAUAUUACGAUAUUUAUCAAACAACGCUCGAAUACAUGACCGAAUGUCUCAAGGACAUUGAACCUGUGGUCGCGCCUGAAGCAGCCGGUCAUGGUAAUAAACAGUGUGAGUCGUCUUUAUCGUUAUCUCAUUUGCCACCGAUCAAUAUUCCGCCGUUCUCAGAAAAGUUUGAGGACUGGGAGAGUUUUCGUGACCGAUUCACGUCACUCAUUAUCGCGAACAGAGACUUAUCCGCCUUUGCGCGAAUGCAUUUUCUGACCUCGAGUCUUACAGGCCGCGCUCUGGAAUCGCUAAAGAGCAUUCCGGUUACCGCGGAUAAUUUUGACAUCGCUUGGCAGACUCUCGUCUCACGAUAUGAAAAUAAACGUCGAUUAAUAGAGAUUCAUGUUUCGGCUCUCCAUAAUUUACCAAGUGUCUCGCGUGAAAAUGCAUUCGAACUAACUGAUCUUCGAGACAAAGCAAAUCGUGCGAUCGCGUCGCUCCGAAAUAUGCACCGUUUAUCCGAAGAGAUUCUCAGUGACAUGCUCGUCCACUGCCUGACUCAAAAAUUGGAUCCCGCUACACGGAAAGCCUGGAAGCUGAAAGAAGGCGACGAUCGUGAAAUACCAACGUAUGAAGAUCUCGACAAAUUUAUUGCGUUUCGCUCUCGCGCUCUCGAGGAGCUUACCUCUCCCCACGCCGUAAAAUCGUCGCGAUCACCGAAAGUCCUGAGCGCUACGACUUCCGCGACAUUACCUACCGCGUGUCCUCUCUGUAAAGAAUCGCAUUUUAUUAACAAAUGCCCGCAAUUUAUUAAAAAGAGUCCCAGCCAACGAUUAGAGACAAUAAAACAAGCAAAGCGAUGCAUCAAUUGUUUGAGCGCGAAACACGCAACGCCUGCAUGCCCCAGCAAAUAUUCUUGCCGAACAUGCCAGGCGAAGCAUCACUCAAUGCUUCACAGCGAUUCUACGGCAUCUCCGAUCCCGAAGGCUGCGCCAACCUCCGCAACCUCACCGAUCGAGAAAAUAGAACUCGCUCCCGUGAAUGCCUUAUUCUCCACUUUACGAAUUACUUCAAGACCGUCUGUUCUCCUCGCGACAGCGCGUGUUAGAAUCGGAUCUCCAUCGGGUCGCUAUCUUGUAGUGCGAGCGUUGUUAGACCAAGGGUCCGAAGUGACCUUUAUAACGGAGCGACUAGUGCAAAGUUUAAGAUUACGUCGAAUCAAAACUCCUAUAUCCAUCUCUGCCGUCGGAUGCGUUAAUGCCGGCACGUGUCGGUACGCGGUCAAUAUUCAGCUCUGCCCGUGCGAUUCAAUCCGUCCGGUUCUCAUGUCUACCGCGUUUGUUUUACGCUCAUUGACGAACUAUUCUCCAGCGCCGGUGUCACCCGAAGUCCACUGGAGUCAUCUCGCCGAUCUGAAACUCGCAGAUCCAGACCCAGUGAACGCCGACCUCAUUGAUGUCAUUAUCGGCGCGGACUUAUUCAGCGACUUACUCCUCGACGGAAUUCGAAAAGGCGAGCAAGGUCAGCCCAUCGCUCAAAACACAAUAUUCGGAUGGGUGAUCUCCGGCCCUACGUCCACUAAAAGUGUGUCGCGAAAAUUCACAGUGCAACACUGCUCGAGCUCGCUCACUCUCGAUCAAGAGCUCCGUAAAUUUUGGGAGGUUGAAGAGAUACCUCGACAAAUAUCGCUAAGCCCGGAAGAACAACAGUGCGAGGAGCAUUUUCGCGCUACGCAUUCUCGCAAUUCCGACGGGCGCUAUAUCGUCCGUCUUCCGUUCAAAAAGGGCCCCCCAAUCGCAAUCGGCAAAUCGCGCAAUACAGCCGCAUGUCUACUCCGAUCGCUGCGUCGUCGACUGAGCACGAAUCUCGGCUUGAAAGAGGCAUAUUUCGAAUUUCUCCGCGAAUAUGAAGAGCUCGGACACAUGCGAAAGGUUACGACCGCCUCGGCACCCUCUUGUCAACACGUAUACAUUCCGCACCACCCUAUUAUUCGUGAGAGCAGUAGCACCACUCGACUCCGAGUUGUAUUUAACGCGUCCAGUCGCACCUCGAAUAAUACCUCUCUAAACGAUCAUUUGCUCACUGGGCCCAAAUUACAAGCCGACUUAGCAGCCGUCAUACUGCGCUGGCGACAGUGUCGAUACGUUUAUUCCGCCGACAUUGCAAAAAUGUAUCGCCAAAUCCUGGUUGAUCCUCGCGACGUCGAUCACCAGCGCAUUAUCUGGACCGAUAGCUCCAACGAAUGCGACCAGGAAUUUCAGCUUUUGACAGUUACGUACGGAACUGCAUCCGCUCCGUUUUUAGCACUGCGCGUGCUGCAGCAACUUGUGCGCGAUGAGGGUCACGAGUUUCCGUUAGCUGUUCAAGUCCUGCAGGACAACACCUACGUGGACGACGUUCUGUUCGGAGCUGACGACAUACCCCUUCUGCGACAGAUUCGCGAUCAAGUUUGCGCAGUGUUAAGUCGGGGUAAGUUCGAUUUACGCAAGUGGUCGAGCAAUUCAUACAAGCUGCUAAGUGAUAUAGCGGAAGAGAACGGCCUCGCCUGCAGCAAAACGUUGCAAACUGACGAGCAGCUUAAAAUUCUCGGCAUCAGCUGGAACCCGACUCUCGAUGCAUUUCAAUUCAACGUGUCGCUUCCCGCAUCGAUUCCAAAAACCAAACGCACGAUCCUCUCCACAAUCGCUAAAAUUUUUGAUCCAUUAGGAUGGAGUGCUCCCGUCACCAUCGCGGCAAAAAUCUUCUUACAGCACUUAUGGCAACAAAAGGUCGACUGGGACGAGGCAAUUCCACCCGCACUUGCGUCUCAAUGGGAAACUAUUCAAUCGUCACUCAACGAUAUAAACGGUCUUCAGCUGGAACGUUGGAUCCAACGCGGCGCCGAUACAACGCAUUGCGAGAUUCACGGAUUUGCCGACGCGUCCAAUGCCGCCUACGCUGCGGCAGUUUAUAUCCGACUCAUAUCUCUCUCAGGAUACGUCACAGUAAGGUUAUUAGUGGCCAAAUCUAAAGUCGCACCAGUGAAGACGCUCAGCAUACCCCGAUUGGAGCUAUCUGCUGCGGUACUACUGUCUCGCCUCGUGGAAUUCGUGCGCAGCUCGCUAUAUCUCGGCACCGUACCCUGUCACUGCUGGACCGAUUCCACCGUCGUACUCGCAUGGAUAAACCAACAUCCCUCCAAAUGGAAGACAUUCGUAUCCAAUCGAGUCUCGGAGGUUCAAUCACGGCUACCCUCAGCCUCAUGGCGACACGUGCCAACAGCCGAUAAUCCCGCCGAUUGCGCCUCCAGAGGCAUCUCGGGCAAUCUGUUAUUGUCACACCAUUUAUGGUGGCAAGGACCUGCGUGGUUGCGCCUCGCAGGCGCGGACUGGCCCUCUCAGGUCGAUCCGGCAGCUCUUGAAACAGACCACGACCAAAUCAUCACGCGACUACUCACUUAG